AUGUCAGGACUGGGAGAACCAGAAACACAAGGCGAAGAGGUCAAGUUGAUCUUUGAAUUGCUGGAUGUUGAUCACAGCGGCAAAAUCGAUGCUGAUGAAAUGAAAAGAGUUCUGCUCUCGCUCAGCUUCAGCCCAGACAGCGUUCAGACCCUCAUUGAUCAGUUCGACAAGAACAAGGAUGGCGAGCUUUCUAUCAUCGAGUUCUGGAGUUGGGUCAACGGCCAUGAUGGCAGGCAGACGGAUGACUAUCGCCCGCAGUUGCUGAACAUGGCUGUUGCCGAGAACAAGCGAAAGAUCCACGAAACCGAGGAGCGGCUCGCCGCCUUCCGCAGCAGGAAAGAUGCCGAAGAGGCCAAAGCAGCCGAAGAGGCAAGGAGACAAGAGGAGAGAGAACGGGGCCUGCGCUUCAGUCGCGACGAUUUCGUCAGACAGAAGAUGGAGGCUGGAUUCUCCAGAGCUGUUGCGGAGGAGUUGUACAGCAAAUGUGACCAAGACCGGGACGGCGAGGUUAACUACCAGGACAUCGGAUGGCUUGUGUCAGACAACUUGGCCACCGUGGACCAAGUGAGACAGACGUACCAGAAAGGGGUGCAGAAGAAGGAAGAGGACAUCAGCUGGAGCGACGACUGGAAAUCCGAAGUCUCCAAACUCCUGAAACGGCGCGGUUUCAAAGAGGAGGAGGAAGGCUUGAAAUACCAUGCCACGAAUGCGGCUGGAGAGUCCAUCGCUCUAAGAGAGAUUCUCAAGGACAAGACUGCAUCUCUGGAUAGCAAGCACUUCCCCAUCACGCUCCAUUUGCAGGCCUCGAACGUGACUGUCGUGGAUUGCGACGACAGGGGCCUCGAUCAGCUCGUCGACACCUUCUUGGCUUGGGACAAGAAUGGAGAUGGAAAGGUUUCCACAGAGGAGAUGGGCCAGGUUCUGAAGCAGGUGAACCCUAAGUUCACAGAGGUCACUCUCAACAAGAUCUUCGCAGAGAUUGACGUGAACAAUGAUGGAGUCAUUGACCUGCAGGAAUUCGUCUCCUGGCUCUCCGGGGAGAACCUGAAGACGGGGAAGAAAAAGAAGAAGAUGAAAAAGAAAGCCAAGGCGGAGCAAGAUGCAAAAAUUGCGCAGACGCUGCAACGAAAGGGUGCAGAACACCUGCGCCAAUGA